ACCAGUAAACCUCGAUAUACGAACGGUGAUUAAACGAAGCAUGUCGACCUCAAAGGCAAAGACAAAAGUACAGCCUCUUUCAGAUCAGGAGAUCCAAACAAACUACUCGCGCAUGCAAAGUGACCUCCAGACUCUAGCGGGCAAAGUAGGAGAGCUCGAACAGGAGGCAGAAGAACAUGGGUUGGUGCUGUCGACACUGAACGAGGCACUUGCUGAAGAUCCAGAUCGGAAAUGUUUCCGCCUCAUCGGAGGUGUGCUUGUUGAGCGUACAGUGAAGGAUGUCGUGCCUGCGCUACAAACUAACCGCGAUGGGAUCAGAAAAGUUAUCUCAAAUCUAUCCGAACAAUACAAAGCAAAGGAGCAGGACUUUGAAACGUUCAAACAAGAUUACAACAUUCGACCCAUCCAAAAAGCAUAACAAAGAUCGCCUUAUCAUGGCUACUCACCUUGUCUGUAUCCCAUACCUUGUAAUACGCUAUUUGUACGGUUAUAGAGAUAUAGCUCCUUGCUCACUUGCGAUUCUUUGUAAACCCCUAGCGUGCGUUUCCUCAGGUUCAUCGCCCCCUUCGGUAUGCUCGCCUGCGUGAUCAUGCAUCUUCAUAAAGGGUUCAAAGCGCCAGGUAACAAAGUAGUGUAUCAACAGCAUGCGUAGGCUGUCUGAACUUAGCACUUUUAAAAUAUAUACAUACAUUUGCACCUUGUCUAAAA